UCGAUACGGAAUCACACACACACACCAUGCGACAAAAAUAGUUUAUCAUUGUUUUCGUGGGAGCAUGCUAUCGGGUGACACUCAGGAAUUUAAACCCUCGCCCGAAAUGAGAGACUCCAUCCUCCCUGCCUGUAUAUUGCUAGCGAACGAGAGGAAACACAGAUCACUGCCACAACAUGGGUUCGCUAACCACGCUGUCCAUCUACCUGGGUCUGACCGCCAUCACAAAUGCUGCAGUGUCGUCCGGAUUCCGCGAACACGUUCCGGGGAUUACUAGCUCGGAAAUCUGCCACAACCACACCGUUUUGAAAGACCAAUGGCGGGAAAUAGGGAGUGAGAGGGGAGACAACUGUGAUUCUAACAUUCACGAAGGCUGGUACAGAUUGAUGACGACAGAUGGACACUCGGCCUCCCUUCCCACAGCUUGUAUCAAGAAUCACGUGUGUGGACUGGGCGUGGCUUUGUGGUUAGAUCUACAGGGGGAGGAUCUACCCCAACCUGGUGACACGGUCCGUGGAUUCGUUUGUGGUGCCUAUCCCGUGUUAAGCGUGUGGCAGUGCUGUGUCGUCAGGGAAACAGCAUUCGUUUACAACUGUGGCGAUUACUUCCUGUAUUGGCUCCGCCCCACCGACAGGUGCAGUGUUGGAUUCUGUGGUGAAGGACCCCGUAGCGACAUAUCUCCCUACACAGUGAAGACCGGAGAGCCAGCUGCUGACUCAAGCGACAGAUUCAGGCGACGACUGCGUCACCAAAGACAUGGCGGACCAGCCAGCAAUGAGCACCCUGUUCUAGACGGCAGAUCUAUCAGAGACGUCUCCACUCCUGAUGACUUGCCUUGUCCAGAAGGCCAGAUAAGAUGUCCGAACAGAGUCUGUGUAGAGUCCCUUCCCCUUUGCCGUCCAGAAGAGGCGUCUGUUUCACCACCAACGACCGAGUACGUGACUAGGGCACCGAUCACGUUCUACUUCUCGGUGUUGCGUGACAGGACGAGAGCACCCGUCAGCAUCACAUCGUGGCAACCCAGCGCAUAUGCACAAACAAACGCGGAGGGAAAUACAAUGGCUAGACCAAAUAGUGCAUCAUUAUCAAACGAAGAAGGAACAAAGCGCUUGUUUUUGGUUGGAGAAACGACACCUUCAAUAGCAACUCAAACGCCAGCAACAACUGUGAAAUCAACAAUUCAAAAAGAUUUAUCAACAUUUUUGUCAUAUGCAUUCAGAGACGGUUCUUCUUCAUUGCUAGAUUUGUCUGGUGAUGGCGGACGUGGCUUGCCAACACCUUUUGCAGGUACCUCAGACAGCGAUCAUUCGUCCACGCCGACAUCAUACAGUGGAACACAAAAUUCAAGGUUCAACACUGACUAUCACACCAAUCAACCGUCAACUUUGGCUCCAUCGACAGAUUCUGCUAGUAAAUCAAUAGCCACUUCUACUUCUCACACCAUGUUUGAUACAACUUACUUGUCGACACCCGUCACCGACAGGAGUGAUAGCACAACAGGUACUCACAGCCACAUUAGACUAGAUCUGUCGUCUGAAUUACCAUCAAAAACGAUUGAUGAAACUGGGAGACAUCAUGUCAGCCUACCUAUAGGGUCUUGUAGCGCUUGUCUUCAGCCUUCGGUUACAUCAUUUCCGUUGAUGUCGGAAACCAUUAUAACCGAUUCAUUAUCUAGCAGCACUCUUGAUCUUGCAACUCCAGACAAUAUUUCAACACACGUAAUAAGAAAAGAACAGAUGUCAUCCAUUAUUUCAACGACGUCCUCUUCUACUGUCAUUCCACACAACACUGCUGGUAGUUUAAGGUUACAACCGACCGCUUCUACUACAGUGCCAGACUCACCAUCUUCUACUGUUUUACACCAACACUCCUCUACUUCACUGCACGCGUCAUCGCAUAAUACUUUCCAACUGUCGUCUACUUCCACUGUUUCACAUGCGUAUUAUCUUACUGCCUCACAACUCGCUCUGUCUUCUGCUUCACAUCUGUUUUCCUCUUCUUCUGCCUCAAAGCACGUGUUCUCGUCUAGUUCUUCACAACAGUUGACCAUAUCAAGUGUUUCACCACGUACUACUCGUCCCGACAUAUCGCCAUCAGCCACUCUUGCUGUGAUCCCGUCGAAGAUGACCAUUGUGACCUCAUCUCUGUCACCCAGCGUGACCAAAGAUCGGUGCACUCAAUGCAUUGAAGUGGUCUUCAAACUACGUGCUGCUAUCGCAAACAAACAGGCUGAAAGAGAAUUUCAUGUAUCUAUCCAGACAGCAUUUUCAAGAAUGCUCACACAAUUUCAUGAACGACGCUUCUAUCGAGACGUUCGGAACACCACAUACCAAGGAAACAGGACCGUCUUCCUGCCUACGGAUAUCUACAUACGGAACACUACCUCAUCGGGAAACAUUACAGUACUUUUGUUGGAAGCUAAAAACCCAUCGGGUGACUUUGUACGAGACGACUACCUUGCGUUUCUACUACAGAAAAGUGAGGUCAGACGUGCCCUAGAGCAAGAUCUGAUUGCUUACGGUGCGACGUUGGAUGAAUUCUCUGUGCCUGCCAGUCCAAACGAAAUCCCCGUACCAGGGGCUGAAGGUGGCGUCACCUCAAUUUUCUCUCAACACUUCGGCCUCUUUCUCACUGUCAUCAUUAUGUCAAGUUUUGUGGCGUUUGUGGGAGUGAUCGCUAUGGUCUACCUCCGGAAAAAGGCGAGGACGGGCAUGUGGUACUGUCCAUCUGGGACCCGAUACGCUAAGCAGUUGGAGCGCACCCUACUGACCAAGACUACGAACUGGCGGGUAGGUCAGGUGACCAGUCCCAUCCCCGACGUCGACAUACUGAGAGGCGAGGGCCUGAUGACCGAGACAACAUCAGAAGAGGACGACAGUCGUCGCGCGUCGUACACAGGGGAGAGGACAAGCAGGGGCGACAGCUGUCCGGAGGUGGAUACGUGGGUUGUCCCCCUUGGGGAGGCCAUGGAUGAUCGACCCUCGAACAAGGAAUACGACACACGUCUGUAACAGCCAUAUCUUGCGGGAUGUACUCCGCCAAAUACAUAUCGUCCAUACUAAAGUAUCAUAUAUAUUUAAUGAUAAAAGGGAGAGCACUCUACAAAAUGUUUUAACAUGAUUGGGCCUUUAUUAAAGAUAGAAUGUACGUAAUACAUUCCAAGUAGACAUCGUGCUGUAUUUUUGUUCUACGAAUGCGCGCUUUUUAAGCUGAGUUCUCUUUCACAGCAGGGCUUUGUAUAUCAUGAUUUCUAUGAAGGAACGUCAUUUAAACAAUAUUUAAAAAUAUUCUGACUGGGCGUAGGGAUAGGAAAGACGUACGUACAAAUGUAACCAUAAUGCAUUUUGUACGGUGUUAUUUCAUGUUUAGAAUCUAUGGAAAUACCAGACCCCUUGAACUUCAUUUAAUCAAUCUACUGCUAGGGACUACCAGUUCACGUUAGUAACGUCUAUAAUAGACAAGGUAUUAUGGAGAGUGCUCUCUAAAAGAUUGUACGAAGUAGACCCUCGUUUGACAAAGAAUUAAAUGUCUCUUAGUAGUAGUGGUAGUGGAGAUAACAAAUUUUCAGGAUCGUAUCGAUAACAGAACUGAAUGUCCUCAGAAGCAUUGUAUGAACUUUUUUUAAUGUUAUUUUGCGUUCAGAUUCCACACGUGUAUCUGCUUCAGUCAAAUUUGCACUCAUCGCCCGGGCGCCUUUUCGGAAAUCGGCGCAAAUAUGACUGAAGCAUUAUACAGGACAUACCAAUGAAAAUUGAAGGCACGAAGAUAGCUGUUUGAUUGGUCUGGUAAAAAUACUGACCAAUCGCUAGGCUGAUACUUGUCCUUUGAAGAUUAUAAAUGAGCGAUACCCGACUUAAAAAUCUGUCAAUCGUUACCGAUACAUGACCGCGAGAUUCUUUUGAUGGAUAUCAAAGGAUCGAACUAGUCUUCUUGUCUCAUCAACAACGUGGCGCACAC